AUGAUUGAUGCGGUACUGCACCUGUACAAGAAGGAGCCAAGCAUGAUCCUGUUCCUGGUCGCUGACAACUGCUCUACAAACCAAGCCGUAGCUACUCGAAUGGGCGUGGCUCUCGUCGGGUGUGCCAGCCAUCGUUUCAACCUCGCCGUCUGCAGAUACCUUGAAGACUUAAAGUCGCAGAUCGAUCAAGUACAGACACUGUGCAUUCAGCUGCGGUAUACCAAUAACGCGGCGAAGCUUGCCCAAUUCACGAAGUACAAGCCGCUGAAGGCGAAUGCUACACGCUGGUCGUCGACGUACCAUAUGCUGGCCCGCUACGUCAAGAUCCGCCAUGCCAUCAAAAUGGUUGCUGCUGUAGAGGACCUUCUUCCGCGGCCUCGUACUCACCGCCAGAUUGUGCAGCUGGUAACUAAGCUCGAAGCGUUAGACAGUGUCUGUGUCAGGCUACAGUCCGAGGAAGGCAAUCUUGCUGACGUGCGAUUCCUCUUCGACGCGGUUAUUGCGAAGUUUCCAGCGACAGCACACCACCUUAGUCAAUCGGCUCAAAUCGUUCACUCUCCCGCGUUUGAAAGUGCCGUUGUCAAGUUGCUAUCGGAUCGAUCGCUGAUCUCAGACGAAGAAGAGGCGGUUGCCCAAUUUGCUGGUCCAACUGACUCCGCGCAAGAAACGCCAAAGAAGGUGGACUUUGCGACGGAAACUCUGCGUCAUGCAAAGCGACCUCGCUUGGCAACUGUGACCAAGUACAUUGACCUGCUGCGAAUGAUUCCACCUACCAGCAAUAAGUGCGAACGCCUCUUCUCUCAGUGCAAGUUGGUGUUCAACCCUUUGCGUUCCAGCAUGCUGCCAGCAAACUUUGAGAUGUUGGUGUUUCUACGUGCCAACCGCGAGCACUGGGACUUCACCUCUCUGGUAGGAUACAAUGAAUCGGCCGAUGACGACGAGGAAGUUGCAGAGUAG